GACCGCCUUUCUACGAUGACCACAACCCCUCGCUUUUACGCGGAGCUCCUCGAAAACAUCCAAUCCAUCACCAUCUCUAUCCACCUUCCCUCGCCCUCCAACUCCACCACAAGGCUCGACCUUGACUCUCCGUGUCUCAUAAAUCUCCAUCAUGAUGGACGAUCCACGCCCCUCACCCUCCCGGGAGAUGUUACCCCAACUGCUGGUUUGGCCCUGCGUGCCUGCAAACCUGGAGAGCAAACGCUGUGCUACCGUCUCCCCGUUUCACCAUCCAAACCUCCUUCAACAGCGACAGAGAAUUACGUGCCCUGGGCGGCCAUAGAAUUGAACAAGGAGGCCGCUACUUUAUUUAACUGCCGGGUAUGCGGAGCCCAGGUAAUUCCGGAGAAUAGGAUCAAGACCUGGAAGGAUCUGCCUUCGGGUAAUUGGGAGGAAAUGAUGGACUUUUGGCAUUGCCAUAGGCCGGACGAAUCGCACUCACACCGUCACGUCGGCAAACCUCGCUACGCCCCAUUACAACGGGGUUACGUCGCGGAGUCUGGAACUGCGUUGGUCGACCUGACCUAUUUCUUGCUCGCCGAAGCAGACUGCUCCGAGGCCGUGGAAGUCGCCGAGGUGAAUUAUCCCCUUUUGACUUAGGUUUCAUGUUUUACGUUUCCGGCGGAUAGAAAGAAGGUCACUGGCCCAUGGAAACGUGUUCAAUGGCUGAGUGUAUCGAUACAAAUAUCCAAGAUUGACCACCCUGCUCAGGAUCAUCUUGAACUCCGUCAGUGCGGGAAGUACCCUUGCUUCAGCGAGCAGUGGGUUUUCUUGCACUACGGGAGGAACAUGUCCUGCACAGGGAGGAUCGUCAUGUUUCAUAUAUUCGUGAGAUCCUUAAUAGUCUCUCAGUUUCAACACACCAUGCUAUAGAAUCUGUCUUGUGUGGGAAUUUAGACGAGAUACAUGCCUUCCCUUCGCCUUUACUUUCCUCGAGAAUUAGCUAAUUCGUAACAGCCUACAUCAGAAAUACAGGAUCCCCAUGUCCUACAUUGCAAAUCCUGUAAAUCAACUCUUGGCAUUGUGGACAAGAAAUCAUCGGGCGGUGAUUCCUCUGGCGCUUCCAGAGGAUGGACCCUUUACAAGUGGACCCUUUGUGACGGAAAGUCCAAAACAUAUCCCAUCCGAUGCUUCCUAGCGGCUCAGCUCGUUGACCUGGCAGAGAACAACGGUACCCGGCGUAUCAUAUUUGCAGCCCAGGAGGUCAAACUAAGGGUAUGGGUGUUUAGCACUAACACUCGCUAUAUCAGCUCCGACAUUGGCCGAGUCAUGCGUGCUGUUAAGGUCUUUUGGCAAGUCGGGGCGGGUGACAAAGGUGGCGUCAUGAGCGCGGAGGGGUUUGAAGAGAUUGCGAUCCAGAAGCUACUCCUGGAGGAGUUGAAAGAGACGAUCGAGCGGGGCGACCAGAAGUUCGGGGAAUGGAAUGUGGGAAUGGUGGAGAGAUUUGAGAGGUAGUCAGAUGUCAUAUAACGUAAGUAGAAGCUGCAUUUCACUUAU